GCUGGACAUGUACCACACUGACCCAUGACGGAGCGCUCGGACCCCGGCAGGACUGGGCACUAAAGGCGGGAGAGGAGAGAAGAUCAAAGGUAAAGUGGGCGGGGCUAACACACCUGGUCUGAAGAUGAGGAAGAGUGUAGAUCAGGAGUUCAUCACUGAGGUGAUGGUUCGUCUGCUGCUGCUGGCCGUGUUCCUGGUGACGGAGGCGCUGGCACCGUUCAGCCGACAGAUCCAACCCGAGGAGUUCUGGCUCUACAGGUUCCACCACGUCAAGCACGACCGGGUUCCCACCUCGCUCAUGUUCAGCAUCGCGUUAUUCGUCCCGCUGGCCACCGUCUUCAUUUUCACCAUCCUGAGAAAAGCCGAGAGAGGCGACAUGAGAGAGGCGUCGUUGGCUGUUACAUUAACGCUGCUGCUGAACGGAGUCUUCACCAACGCGGUCAAGCUCACGGUGGGAAGACCACGCCCGGAUUUCUUCUACCGCUGCUUCCCGGACGGUCAGAUAAACCCCGACCUGCAGUGCAGCGGAGACCCCGACGUGGUCACCGAGGGGCGGAAGAGCUUCCCCAGCGGCCACUCGUCCUUUGCGUUUGCCGGACUGGGAUUCACGGCGCUCUACCUGGCCGGGAAGCUCCACUGUUUCAGUUCGGCAGGCCGCGGUAAAGCCUGGCGCCUGUGCCUGUUCCUGACGCCGCUGCUCGCCGCCAUUCUCAUCGCCGUCUCCAGAACCUGCGACUACAAGCACCACUGGCAAGUGUCCCUCUGGCGCCCCCUGCUGGUUACAGUCAGCAUCGCUGUUUUGAGUCUCUGUUACAGGAGAUGUGUUGGUGGGGUCUCUGCUGGGUUUGAUCUUCUCGUAUCUCUGUUACCGGCAGCAUUAUCCGGCGCUCACCGAAAACGAUUCCCACAAACCCCUGCGGCUCAGGAACUCGACGCCGGCGCUGCAGGAGAAGAAACAGAACGCUUCAGGAUUCCUGUUACCUCUGUAGAGACCCCAAACUCCUAAACUCCUUUAUUCUGUAGGGACCCUAAACACCAAAUAUAUUCAUUAUGUAGAGACCCUAAACACCUUCACUUUGUUGGGACCCUACACACUUUCAUUUUAAAGGGACCAUAAACAUUUAGAUUUUGUAGCGCCCUUAAUCCUCUUGACUCUGUAGAAAGCACUUAUAGUAACAUGAACUGUGUGCCGUCCUCGUUAUCGUCCCGGCCCUCGUGCUAAUGCUGCCAAAUUGUCUGUUAUUACUGUAUGUGGGCGUGUGAGUGUGUGUGUGUGAGGGCGUGAGUGUGUGUGUGAGUGUGUGUGUGUGAGGGCGUGAGUGUGUGUGUGUGAGGGCGUGAGUGUGUGUGUGAGGGCGUGAGUGUGUGUGUGAGGGCGUGAGUGUGUGUGUGUGAGGGCGUGAGUGUGUGUGUGAGGGCGUGAGUGUGUGUGUGAGUGUGUGUGUGAGGGCGUGAGUGUGUGUGUGUGAGGGCGUGAGUGUGUGUGUGAGGGCGUGAGUGUGUGUGUGAGUGUGUGUGUGAGGGCGUGAGGGCGUGAGUGUGUGUGUGUGAGGGCGUGAGUGUGUGUGUGAGUGUGUGUGUGUGAGGGCGUGAGUGUGUGUGUGUGAGGGCGUGAGUGUGUGUGUGUGAGGGCGUGAGUGUGUGUGUGAGGGCGUGAGUGUGUGUGUGAGGGUGUGUGUGUGUGGGCGUGAGUGUGUGUGUGAGGGCGUGAGUGUGUGUGUGUGAGGGCGUGAGUGUGUGUGUGAGGGCGUGAGUGUGUGUGUGUGAGGGCGUGAGUGUGUGUGUGUGAGGGCGUGAGUGUGUGUGUGAGGGCGUGAGUGUGUGUGAGGGUGUGUGUGUGUGGGCGUGAGUGUGUGUGUGAGGGCGUGAGUGUGUGUGUGUGAGGGCGUGAGUGUGUGUGUGUGAGGGCGUGAGUGUGUGUGUGAGUGUGUGUGUGAGGGCGUGAGUGUGUGUGUGUGAGGGCGUGAGUGUGUGUGUGAGGGCGUGAGUGUGUGUGUGUGAGGGCGUGAGUGUGUGUGUGAGGGCGUGAGUGUGUGUGUGAGUGUGUGUGUGAGGGCGUGAGUGUGUGUGUGUGAGGGCGUGAGUGUGUGUGUGAGUGUGUGUGUGAGGGCGUGAGGGCGUGAGUGUGUGUGUGUGAGGGCGUGAGUGUGUGUGGGCGUGUGAGUGUGUAUGUGGGCGUGUGAGUGUGUGUGUGAGGGCGUGAGUGUGUGUGUGUGAGGGUGUGUGUGUGUGUGAGGGUGUGUGUGUGUGUGAGGGCGUGUGUGUGUGUGAGGGUGAGUGUGUGUGUGUGGGCGUGAGUGUGUGUGUGUGAGGGUGUGUGUGUGUGGGCGUGAGUGUGUGUGUGUGAGGGCGUGAGUGUGUGUGUGUGAGGGCGUGAGUGUGUGUGUGAGGGUGAGUGUGUGUGUGAGGGCGUGAGUGUGUGUGUGUGAGGGCGUGAGUGUGUGUGUGUGAGGGCGUGAGGGCGUGAGUGUGUGUGUGUGAGGGCGUGAGUGUGUGUGUGUGUGGGCGUGAGUGUGAUCAUGUGAUACAGCGCUGUUUUCUUUUCCGCUCUGAAGGUGUUUUGUAGAGAUUUUGUGUUUGUAUGGAAUCAUGGGAUCAGUAGCAGACUUGUGUUGACUUUUUUAUGGUUACAGGAGCGGGUACAGUGGGUACAGCGGGUACAGUGGGUACAGUGGGUACAUGUGUACAGUAUGUGUCUGUGUCACUGUGUUUAUACCGGAGUCAGUGCAGAGAUCGGAGCCUCCUGACUGGACGGUCCGGGUCUCUGCGUCCACGACUCCUGUCCUCGUAUGGAAUAAAUAAAUAAAGACGAAAUAAAAUUCCUUGAUAUUUAAAA